CUCACACAAUAUAGGCGGUGUCUUGACGAGAACGAAGCCCGGAAGUUUGUCUCCCAGCUUGUGUCGGCAGUGGACCACAUGCACGUGUCUGGCAUUGUCCACAGAGAUCUUCGAUUGGACAACUUUCUGCUGGACAAGGAUUUGAACUUGAAAAUAAGCGAUUUCGGACAGGGGAGCCACCCCGGCCCCGGUUCCUCCCAACCUGGACAGGGAAUGUCCCCGGCCUACGUCGCCCCCGAGAUGUUCACGGGGAAGCAGGGCGGACCAGCUGCAGAUAUAUGGAGCAUAGGUGUGUGCGUCUUCACAAUGCUGUGCGGCAAACUGCCUUUCAUGUCAGACACCCCGACCUCUAUGCAGCAGAUCCACGCCAACAUCAUCCAAGGCUGUCGGAUUCCAGAGGGUCUGUCUCCAGGUUGCAAAGACUUUCUAUGUCGUCUGCUCGAGCCUUUCGAAAGCAAGAGGAUAACGAUGGACGACCUUCUAACUCACCCCUGGCUCACCAAAGAUGGCCGCGCACCCGUUCCGCGUCAGCCCCAGGUUCUCAAGGUCACACCAGAACCUGUAGAUACUAACAUAGUCAGAUACCUCUCCCAGUACUUUGGAUUUAAUGAAAGGGAACUGCUUUACUCUGUCAGUGAGAGGAAGGUAGACAGUGCCUCAGCUGCCUAUCUCCUCAUGGUGAAGGGUGUGGAGGAAGGCUUUAUCCUUCCAGGCAUGAUGGCCAGAUCAGACUCUACUACGUCUACUCCGACAACAACGUCUACAGACUCGGGAACUUUGCAGGAUGUUGUUUACCGUGACCGUCUGCCACCGGUCUCCGCCUCAUCUGAGGAAACUGUGAACUGGAUAGCGUCAUGUCGUCCUGUGUCCCUUAAAACUUCCUUUUCGUUGUUUCGAGAAAACCGUGUCAGUAAUACUCAUACAAACAGACCGAAAAGUUUUGACCCCCAGAUGAUUCCGUCGGUGAAGGCAAAGAAACCGUUUAUAACCAGAAACUCACAGAAUAAGCUUCCAGAAAUCGAUAGUACUCGGUCCCAUUCUCCAGACCCACAGUAUGGUACAUAUGGUCGCCAUAGAGACGCGUGGAAGAAAUCUGAAAAUGAACAGUUGAAUGUUCGGGGCAAGUCCCCAGUCAGAAACAGGGAGAUUGAUGUCAACAUAGACAUGCUUAUGCCUCAGGUGUUUGGGUUCGAUCCUCCCGCUCCGCCCAACACAGCAUAUGGAAUGAGGAAACGUAAUAGCAGGAAGGACGCUGUUGUCGUUAGCAAUGCGAAGGCAAAGUCGCUCGCAUCUGUAACUGAAAGGGUUCCAGGUGAUCCGGACAGUGAAACAAUGGAAAGACAGAAGUCUCGGAUCUUGUGUAGUGUUGAAUUGACUGCUCAGAAGCGAUCGCUAUCCUACGGGCAGCCGUUAUCGUCACCCAAACAGCUUACAGCGAGAGAGCGGAGAAAUGCUACUAUAGCUGUGUUCGGGAAUAUAUCAGAACAGAACGCGAUGAACAGGGCAUUGCAGUGGAACAAGCAGCUGUCUGAAAGGGCGCCUACCUCCAUGUCGACAGAAUCAACCGAGAAAGACGACUUCCUCAAUCCCGUUAUAAAAGUCACCAUCUCAACUGGUGACAGACAGUAGUACAUCGGAUUGUGAACGCCGAAGAAACCCCAACUAUCACUUUCUUCACGUGCAACAGACAUUAGUACAUCAGAGUAAUCACCUGACUAGAACAUCUGAGACGAACGUCAGAUGUCAAGAUAAAGGUCACCAUUUCAACAUAUGACUGUGAACGCUGAUACGAACGUCAGAUGGGCACUAUAUCAAUUUGUGACAGACAGUAGAACCACUGUCACUAUGCCAACAUGUUGUGGACAAUUUUACAACUGAACAUGAACAAGGAGAUUCAAUGAAACAAUACUAAGCGUUACUCACAGACAUACGUGGUGCUACGACACACGUCAAUCAAUAUGCAUGAAACAUAGGGACAACGCUGGAACACUGAUACUGCUUAGUGCAUGAUGAUCUUUGCAACAACGAUCUCAACUCGUGAGAGACAUUUUUCAUUGAUGCCUUGAAGAGUGAACGAGUGAUGCACUUCAUCAGUGAAUGGUUACGAAAUGCACAUGCAUCACGAAUCACGAGCUAUCACAGAUUAACUGAAGCUUUCAGAGAUAUUUGUCAUUGUAUUACGCAUUAUACACCACGUUUAGUAUGUUUUAAAAUGAAAAGGCGAAAUUCUACCGAAACAAACAAUAACGUGAAUGAAAAUCUAUUUUUUCAUUAAAGAGAUCAUUAGAUUAUUCUGGAGCUAUGUUAUGAGUUUACAGGGCAAAAUUUGUUAGUAAGAUACUAGUAAACUAUGAGUGACCCGAUUACCCAUUCAGACACCCGAGAGUCUGCAUAUGCAGUGCCGAGUUGUCAGUUCGCUCUGCACAGCAGUAUCCCUUGGGUGAGCCAAUUGUCUUGGGUUCGAUCCCAGAUUCGCCUGGUUUAUCAUAUUGCCAUACACUAGCAAUAAGCAUGCUUUACUGGAAGAAUACUUCAAACAAUGCGUUGCCUGCUUUUACAUUUUCUAUUGAACCACUCACAACCAUGUCAUCAUUGUUCAUCUGAAAUCACAGGGUGUAGAUAUUUACUUGUGAGUCUAAGGAAAAAAUAAGCCUGGACAAAUAUUUCACCCAAAAAAGUCAUUGAUAAAAUUUUAUUUUCAAACAACGAUAUCAAUAUGUAAAGUUUAGUGACAGAAAAUGUGCUGAAAGAACUCAAAGAAUCAUUUGAUGUUCCAGACCGGAAUUCCUGGCACGCAUGAAACUCGUUAAUGCUAUACGUGCCAUUUAUGCUUCACAAUUAUAACUGUAACGUAUCUGUUCAAGUCGUAUCGUUCAGUAUUAAACUAUGACAUUAUUUUUUCAUGUUGCCUGUCGAAAUAAACAUUUAUUUUUUUCCAA